GUCAGUCCGGUUAGCCAGGCCUAUCGCGUUAUCCCGCUCUUGUAUCCGUACUUCCGUACAGAGCAGACCAGCGUUCUUCAUCCGAACUUAGCAAGCACUUGUUCCAGAUCCAGUCGAUCGUCGAGUAGAACCGCGACCAUCACUUGAUAGUGUCGUGCUAGGAGGACUUUACUAAUUUUCGGUACAUAUCCGAUAUCAAAAUUCGGGUCAAAAACAAGUCACCUCAUUCCGUCGCUCGAACGACUCUUUUCAUGGAAAAGAGCGACGAAAGCCGAGCCUCCAACGAGGAGGUGGAGGAGGAACCCAUCUCAGAUGGAGAGGCGUCGGCAAUUAAAUCAGACGCUGAGGGCAGCAACGACAGAAAGGAGCAGUCGCAUCCCUUCCCGUUCAUUAGUAAUCCAAUGCUGGAAGAGGAGCUAAAGAAGCUGGCCAUGAGAGGCAUGCGUCAAAGGGACUUAAACGAAAUGAGGUACGAUAUGCUACGUUUGGCGGCGAUGGCAGCCGUCAACAGCGACAACGAACAGCGCCGAAGCCCGAAUGGCAGUCCAAAGCAGACCGUGCAGCAUCCGUUGCUGUCGAUGAGUGCCUCGACCAUGGUGCCUCCUCCUGCGCCCUCCUAUUCUUCCAUGCGGCCCUUCCCCAGCAUCGCCAGCUACAACGGGGCUUUAGCCGCCGCUUCCGCCAACGGAUUCGCCGUGGCCGCCUCCGCGGCCGCCUCCUCCUCUGCGUCGGCAUCAGCCACAUCGACUGCCACAUCGGCUGCCACUUCGACCGCCACUUCAACAGCCACUUCAACCGCCACUUCGAACGACACGUCGAAUACCACAGCCGCCCAGAGGAAUCCUUCCUUGGCCUCGUCGCCUAACUCAUCGGACUCUACCGGCUCUGGUGCGGCCACCUGGGGCUUCGAGGAACAAUUUAAACAGCUGUACGACAUUAGCACUGAUCCGCAAAGGAAAGCCUUCCUGGAUGAUCUCUUCAGCUUCAUGCACCAAAGAGGGACUCCUAUCAACAGACUGCCCAUCAUGGCCAAACAGGUGCUCGACUUGUUUGAGCUCUACAACCUGGUCGUCGCCAGGGGUGGUUUGGUUGACGUCAUCAACAAAAAGCUGUGGCAAGAAAUCAUCAAAGGCCUGAGUCUCCCCUCGUCAAUAACUUCGGCAGCCUUCACACUCCGCACACAGUACAUGAAAUACCUGUUUCCCUUUGAGUGCGCAAGGAACAACCUGGCGACAAAGGAAGAACUCGAUCUGGCAAUCGACGGGAACAGGCGCGAGGGCCGCCGCAGCAGCUACGGCUCGCCGUACGACUUAGGGGCCCGCCACCAUGGCAUCGUCAACAGCAUGCACCAGCAGACGCUCAAUAUGGUGCAGUCGGCCGCCAGACGGCCGCAGCUCAACGGCAACUCGUCGCAAAUCCAGCCUCCGAUGCCUCUCCUAGGAAAUGCGAUGAGUUCAAUGGCUCAAAGUUCUCUUGAUGCAGCCACUCAUGCUGCCCUGGCAGAGUACGCGAGGAGAAACGCACAUCGAACUUCUCCAACGACAGUUCAGUCACCACCACCGCCGCCCGCAGCUGCCAUGCUCUUUCUGCAGAACCUCUACCAGAGCGCCUUGCCCGAGGAGAAUCCAUUCCUCAUGGGCCAGGCACCGCCGGUGCCGCCCCCGCAGAACGAGGCCCUCAACCUCAAUAUCACGAGGCAACAACAGCAGCAGCAACAGCAGCAGGCGAUGGCCGACGCCAUCGAGCAGCAGUACCGGGCCAUGAACGGAGGAACCAAGAGGGAACGCGAGCCGGUGGAGAACGGCUCCAGCCCUUCCAAGAAGCGACGCGAGUCCUCCGCCUCCGAGGACGACGACGACGUGCCCAUGAACUUCGCCGCGCCAGCAUCGCCAGAGCCCAGCGCCGUCAACGUCAAUAUCACCAGAAAAGAUAGCAACAAAAUGUGCAUCAACGUCACGUUCGGCGGCGCCACGUACACAGGCGUGAUUUUCCGCCAGGAUGGCCCGAAGCCAACGUAGAAGCUUCACUCGACCAACAAAUGCUUCAUCCUCACAUAGAAUUUCAUCGAGCGAGUGAGAGUUACAUUGUUCAUAAUUUACAAAAGAAUUUCCGAUACACUGAAACUUACAUGUGCCAACCGAAGCAAUUUUUACACUUUUGCGCAUUUAUAUCGUAAUAGUUGCUGAGAAUAGUUUGAACGAUUGUAAGAUUUUUCUUGGGAGUCAAGAAUGAAUGAAAUGCUGUAACUUAAAAACAACCCAACACGUAGGAGCGAAACACUCGAAUAUAUUUUCAAUUCGAAAUGAACUUGCACGCCUCACAAUAAACUUAAUAUACUUUGCUAGAAUUGAGACUAUAAGAUUUUCUCUAAUCCAGCAAAAUAAAACAAUAUUAAUCUCAAACAUAAAGACCUAAUGCAUCGUUGUAGCUAUAUGAAAUAUAUGAAUUGUAAUGUCAAAUGUAAAAAAGAGCAAAUGAUAUAAUGCUGUACAUUUGCUAAUACUAUGUAAAUUUUAAGACUAGAGAGAAAUGGGUGUCAUAAAAUAAUCAGAAAUUUUUCUCGACUGUAAAAAAUGUAAAUUACCAGAGAGAGUAGUCUGUAAGUGUAGAUUGAAUGACUGCAAUGUAAAUUCUUUGAAUAUUUAUUUGAUGAUCAAACAAAUCAUUUUGCUGGAAGAAUCAAUCUCGUACACCUUAGAAUAGUUGUAAAAAUCUAUUGUUAGUGUUGUUGGGUUGUGCAAUGCAAACUUACUAUGAUUGAUAUUUUCAAUAAUGUGCAAUGCUAACUUAUGAUGCUUUUCAAAUGUGCAAAUGUCAUCGACGCCGCGCAAGUUUGGCCCUCUUCUGCUGGACAUUUUGGCUGAAGUCAAAUUUCAUCUUGAUUGCUGAGACUCAGUGUGUAAAUACUGUAAAAACUAAUGUCCAACGGGCUAAAUUUUUGCGGCAUCGAUGAUAUUUUUCUGAGAACCCAGCCGGCGUUGUAUUUUAUUCGGAGUAAUGCUGGAAUUUUUGGGUCAUUGUGCCAAAAGCGAUUCACUUUCAUCACAUCAAGUGAAUAGGGCGUUGAUUUUUUUUGUGAUUUUCGGCGAGUCUAUGUUCACUGCUGCCUGCACAGGAAUCGCGUGCGCGUCGCGCUCGCUUGAACCACCAGGUUGACAGGUGACUGACCGCUUUGCACGUGGAAGUUCGAGAGAUUUGCCUCGUACUUUUUGGCUAAAAAUUUACGCAGUUCUUAGCCGGUGAAUUAAAAAACAUUCGACUGUGAGAGGGGCGAGGGUGUGAACGACGUUAGACCCUCGUUCGUCUCCAUGAAUUCCACCGACUGUAGUUUCGUGCGACCUACGGCGGUGUGGCAAUCCCAGGGGUGCCGCUGACCCGAGUUCCGAGCGACCCUUGGGGUCUGCAUCCCCGGGUCUACGGCCCACCCGAUUUUGGGCCCGAUCGGCCGAGCCGUUCGCGAGCCACCCCCGGGGGGGGGGUGCGAUCUUCUAAUCCCCGCCGCGCUCCUUUCCCGGAUGUGCAACCCCGGGUCCCUGUGCUCGUCCCGCUCGUCUCGGCCCCCUCCACCACCCUCCUCGAAUUUCGUCUCGAUCCGCCAAACCGCCACGUGGAUGCGCGCUGUUCGCUGUUCGCCCGAUCGGCAGACGAAAUUUCCGACAAAUUACUUUUGUACUUUGUUUUACGAAAGCGAUGUUCAUUCUCUACUCUUUAUGCUUAAUAAGUCUGAGGAUGAGGAGAGGAAGGAUUAAUAGGGAAGUUGAUGCUUUCUAUCUCCGCCUUUAUUAUUGUCUGUACCUCUUCUUAUUAAGCAAUAUGAAAUGUGUUCUCAUUUAGUGAAAGCUUGUGGCACUGUCCCGCUAAAAUUUCUAAAUGGUUUUGUUAGGGAUUGGUAUAUCAACUUUGAUAUUUCAAUUUUGACAUGAUAUUUUAAAAAUAUCAAUAUCAUCGUUGAUAUUUUGAAUAUCAGCUGAUAUUUAGGAAAUAUAUCUUAAUCACAGCAGAUGUUUGAAAUAUCAUAGCAAUAUCAGAUUUGUUAUAUCUUUUUUCUAGCAUGUACCAAUUAGAGCGUAUUCCAAGACACGAAAGGAAAACUGGAAACAAGAAUUCCUGCAAUUCCGGCAGGACAGGAAAAUAUUUUUCAGAAAAAGUCAGGUAUUUUACUUUAAAACAAUUCCAUUCUUGAUCUUUUUUAUCUAAUAUAUAUCAUUUAAAGACAGCAUAACUAUUCAUUUGAUACUGCUUUACAACGUUUACUUUCUUUCAUGUAACUAAACAUUUAGCCUAAAAAUUAUCCACAAUUUUGCUCUAAUUUUUUUUAAAAAAGCACAACUCUUUAAUUAUAGUCAGUGGUUUUCGAACAAACCAAAAUUUUACCAAAUCAAUCUACUAUAUAAAAAAUAACAUUUUUUCGGGGUUUUCUGCAAUUUUUUUCAUUUUAAGCAUUUUUUGGAAAUACUUUCUUGGAUAUUAUAUUCUGUGCGGGUGCGCAUAGCAUUUUUUACCGUUUAGUUCAUAAUGGGGAAUUGGAUGAAUUAGGAAUUAUAUACCAACAGACACAAUUCUAAAACUUUGAAAUUCUGUCAAAAUGGAAGUAUCAAAUAAUUAAAAGCAAACAAAAUAUAGGUAUAAAAAUUUAAUAAGAUCAAUUAUUUAUUAAAUGGAAUUUGAAUUUAAGAAAAAAACAGGGAAAACAGCUACAGGACCGGAAAUCCAAAUUUGGAACAGAAAACCCUUUCUUGAAUACGCUCUAGUACCGAUCCCUUGAGUUUAUCAUAUCUUUUAAGUGCGCCCAUUUAUUUUGUUCAUGCAUGAACAAAAUAAAUAGGUUAAGUUUAGUCAGUGCAAACUGAUUUUGAAUAUCGAUAUAUAUCGAUUUUUAUCGUCUGAAAAAACAUCGAUAGUAAAAUAUCGUCCUGCGUAACCAACGCUCAGCCCCAAAAAGAAACAUCGAUAAAAAUCGAUAAAUAUCGUGAGAAAAAAUACCAUUCAUUAAAAGUGGAAUGAUAGUGAUUUUUUUUAUUUAAAAAAAUGAAAUUUCAUGUAAAGGUAACCCUUACCGACCUAUUUUAUCCAUGUACUUCUGACCAAAAGUGCCCCAAAAUCCAAUUUUUCGAAUUUUACAAGUUACGCCCUCUUUUUUAGCGUAGGAAAUCAAUUGCUCCCGGGGUGAGAAAAAUUUUGAAAAUUUAAUAGCACGAAGAUAAAAAAUAGUUAUUUUUAGCCUUGAAAGAAUUUUUUAUUUUUUCAAAAAUUGCAGAUUUUUAAAAGGGGUUUGUGUUUGGCUUCAUUAAAAUUCACCAGUUCAUAGUAGCGUUAAAUUCUGACUAAAUUCAGAAAGCUGAUUAUAUUUCCAGUUUUUCCCCACUCAGCAAAAUUUUCGCCAAAUUUACUAUUUUCGAAACAAUUGUCUGAAAAUUUCAGCUGGCCGUUAAAGAACGUUUAAAUUUUUUCGGGAAAAAUCAAAAUACCCAAAAUCAAGUUAAUGUAUUCACGAAUCAUCUCAGAAUUUUUUUUUAAUUUUAAUUAUUUCAAUGAUUCUCAGAGGCAAACUCGGACCCUUAUGGCUAUCAGAGACUGCGUAUAAUAUAAAUAAAUUUUUUAUUGAUUUUCAAGGACAGAUUUACUGGUUACCAUGUGCGAAAAUUUCAAAUUUUUCUGACAAUGAAAACGUAAUUAAAAUGAUAAUUGAGUUGCGCGCCGGCCACCUUCUGUACAUAAUACAACCAGAAGCGACGGCCCAGCGCUGUUGGCCAGCAGCGCUGGGCGCUGACCAAUCAGAUUGUUUUUGCCAAUUUUCUCCGAAAUUUACAGUGCUGCACUAUGUUUUCUCACAUGAUUUGGAAUCCUCUCAUCGAGAUCUAUCGGACAGCCUGAGCCUUUUUUGGGGGGAAAUGCGCAAUUUCAGAGAAAAUCGCGAUUACACAAUUCCGUUGAAAAUUCUCCAUUUAAAUCAAUGCUAAGGUUGAGGCCGAUUUUCUCGAAAAUUUACAGUGCUGCCUAUGUAUAUUUUAACUGUACAUAAUUUUUACGACCCAAUCUGUAUGUGUGUUAAAGGAUUUUGCGGGGAAAUUCACUAUCAUUCCUCUUUAAAAAUCGACUUUUACUUGACCAUGUCUAGUUAAAUUCCUCACCGAUAAUUUGUUUCUUGUUUCAUCAUUAGGUAAAUUUAAUUUAUAAAUUACACAGUAAAAAUUCAAUACGUCGUGGUCCCGGCAAAAUUGCGCAACGUUCAACAAACACCCAAAUUCUACUGUCGAAUUGAUUGUUGACCUUUCCUCACAACAAGGAAAUUCACGUUUGGUUGUUGAAAAAUGCGCAAUUUUGCCGGGGCCAGGUUUUGCCAAGCGUAAAAAACGAUGCAGUUAUGUAAAUAAUUCUAGUUUAAUGCAAAAAUAAAUUCACAGACGGUCAAAUCUUCCAGUUGAUAGCGCCAGCGCUUACUUUCUUUAGCAUAAAUACUUCCGCUGUGAUUCAAGCCCCAAUCCUUUUUAUCAAAAAACAUUUUGAGGUAUAGUUCAUUUAAAACCGUCUGCGACCACUCGAUACCCACAACCCACGGAACGAAAAUAGAUUAACGAAACAUAAUGGAAAGAAAUUAAAAACAAAAAUAGUCGAGUAAUUAAAACGACAAUUUUGCAACGAGGACGAAGCCUGGUUAAAUUUAUUUCCAUUAUGAACACAACCUGGGUGUUCAAAUUAUAAGGGAGUUGUAUAAUUGUUUGAGAUCGUCCUGAAUGAUAGUAAGUUCGACUUUAAGCAAAUCAUUUAAUACCUAAUCCUCUGCGGGGACUCCCACGAGAGAGUUCCCUGGGAGUUCCCGCAGCCCAAAGCAGAUCAGGUUAGAUCUGGUCGCUGGCUCUUCAAGUCGCGCCAGGUAGUAACGCGGAGCGCGAAUUCCGCUCGACGCGCGCGUUACAGAGUGGUCGCCUAUUUCAGAAGUUAACGAAAUAAUUAUCUUACUUUGAAAGCACAAUAUAUUAACAUGUUUUUUAUAAUGAUAAGUAAGAAGCACCACUACUUGUGCUUCUUUGAUCUCACAAUGUUUGAAUGACCGUGCAGCUGACUAGGAUUAAACUGCAUGUAAUUAUCGCUCUUUACGAGAAGUAAUGUUUUGUAUAUAUUAUUGCGUAUAUAUUAUAGACGAGGGGCUACCAAACCUCUCAAACAUACUGUAACUUUUAGUUUAAAAUUAGUUUUAUGUAUAAGGGCAUGCAACUGACUAUGAUGCAACUCAGAAAAAUAAAGCCUAUGAUACAUA